AUGGGCGACAACAGCAAUGGCAACAAGCCUGUUGGCGACAUGGCCUUGUAUAACUUGGAGAGAGCCAACCGACGUCUGGAUACGCUGGAAGGCAAACCCACGUGGGACCUCGACGACACGGCAGAUUUCGAUUGCAUGCACUACUUGGGCAAUGCUGCCUUGGAACAUGCAGGCCAAACGUUAGGAAUGCAACAGGGACAAACCGUCGUCGACAUUGGCUCGGGCUUCAGUGCCACGGGCCGCUAUCUGCACAAGCAUUACGGCGUUGAUGUCACGGGCAUCGAGCUGCAGCCUGAGAUUCACCAGCUUGCCGAGAAAAUCACCCAAAGAAAUGGCCUCUCCGAAGGCGUUCGCUCAGUCAACGCCGACUUUACAAAACUCACAAUAGAUGCCCCCGUCGACUACAUUGUCUCGUUUCUAUGCAUUCUGCACAUCCCCGACAGGGAUACAUUGUUCCAAAAAGCAGUCAGCACGCUCAAGCCGGGAGGGAAAAUCUACAUUGAGGAUUUCUUUGCCGAGACAACAUUCAGUAAAGACGCCGGAGACAAAUUACACGACGUCCUCUCUUGCCCUUACCUGCCGAGCCGGGACCAGUAUAUACGCGAUCUGACAAAUGCCGGCUUCCAUGACGUUCAGUUUGAAGACGUGUCGGAGGAGUGGACUGAGUUUGUUCACCAACGGGCGCUCAUUAACCGACAAAAGGGGACGACUGGGGCGCCGCUUACAUUAUUCUACGAUACAGUCGACGAUUUGUUCUCCAGCCGUGAAUUGGGAGGAGCGCGCAUCAUCGCUACCAAAGCAUAG